GUUAUUACAAAGCUGUCGCCACACUGCAAGCUCUUGUCCAGUCACUCCAGUGCCUCCACUGUACCUCAUUAUUGGAAGGGGGGCUUCUCUUUUUACUUUCAUCUUGAUUGAUUGGCCUUUGUAGUUUUUUAACAUUUGCCACCUCUUCGUAGUGGUUGUGGUGUUUAUUAGUAUCUCACCCGCCCUUCUCGCUAUUUGACUGCUGUCAUCGCUGCUGUGUCCUACCUCACGCUCUUGUGCACUCGAUCUCGAAAAACGGCUUAUUUUUAUUUAUCUGAGAACUGGAGCCAAAGUCUUGUGCCGCCAUCUCCUUUCGUCAUGAAGGUCUUUUCUUCAUCAUGCACCUUCGAUUACUCGUGGGAAGAGGUAUCGACCGCAAAUUGGCGCAAGUACUGCCCUUGGAAUGACAAGUCCACACAUGUCGUGGCAGUAGACACUCUUUCUCGAAGCGUGGAUGUGCAAACCGGUAUACUGCGCACCGAACGUUUGAUCACAUGUAAUCAGUCCGUCCCACAAUGGGUACUCUCACUCUUUGGGGGCAGCGCUACGUCUCAUGUGUACGAAAUAUCAUACGUUGAUCCGAUGUCCAAAAUAGUCACGAUGAGCUCGACAAAUCUCACGUGGUCAAAUGUCCUCAGUGUCAGGGAAACCGUUGUCUACCAACCAUCACUGCUGGAUUCAUCUUCAAGUACACAGUUCAGCCAAGAAGCGAAGAUCACCGCUCUAUGUGGGGGAUGGCAGAAAAUCAAGAACAAAGUUGAGGAGGCUAGUGUUGAACGCUUCAGUCAGAACGCCAAGCGAGGUCGAGAAGGAUUUGAAGCUGUUUUGGAAAUGAGUCGGCAAGUUUUCAGUGAACAACGCGAGCACGACAAGAGUCAACUCUGAUCCUGAAGUUCUUCUGGCUUGACGCACAGUUUAUGGACACAGCCAACCACUAUCUCUUUUAAGCGUUGCAUAUACAUGGCGUCCCUUUGAGUUCUUCGCAGCGUCUCGAUUUUAGGGAAUAUUUCAGCUCCAUUCUUGCGAUUUCACUUACCAGCCCUGCAUCCUCAGACCGGUGUCCCAGCAGUGUUAGUGCUUGGACUCAAAUGGCCCAUGCUUCUGCAAAGUGGGCAGCAUAUAUGGCUUGAUGAUGCAUGACCUCUUCCCCCCACAACAAAAGCAAUAGAUCACUCCAGCUCUACAUUUUUCUGUCCUUUUACAAUUACUUGUCCGUCAGCAAGCGCAUACCUAUGUAUCAUGUCAUUUACUUGUUGUCUUCAAUGUAGGUUCAUCAUAGAUUUAUCAAAGCCCGGUGCGUGAUAUGACAGCACUAUAAUAUGAAGCAAGC